GCAGUGAUUUUAAUAAUUUUCGGGGUAAAAUUUCAACGCGCUCAUCAUUGACGGUCUCUUCAACGGUGUUGGGUUAUCGUUUCACCUGGAUUAAUCCAUUAUCCAAACAUUCCCAAGCCAAACAAGACUGUUUCUACGGGCGAGUCAGAUAAAGUACACACACCCUAUAAAACAGGUCAUUGUGCUCAGUCAAAAUGUGUAGCUAGUGACACACAAGUGUUUUUACCACGAGUUCACAUGAUGAUAAGAUUCAUUCUGUCACUUUUUGGUACAUUUUUGUGUCCUCUUUGUGUUCAACACUCAAAAACUAUCGGAUACGUCGCUCAGUACCGAACUGAAUCAAUGUGAUAAACAACAACCGAUGUAAAAGCGAUGGUUCGGCCUAUAUGAUCAUCUUGACCAUAAUUAUCAUGAUAAGUCGACCGUGCUUUGUCGCAAUAUUGCACCAAAAGAAGUGAAAUUGACACUCGCUUAAAAGAAAAACCAUGAAAGAGAGGAAUUAUACGAUGAAGUCCGAAGAUGUUGUCUCACACUACGAAUUGAAGUAAGGUAUUCAACCGCCAAGCUGCAGAGAUUUCGUUUCCCGUGUUUUUUAAACGGUUGGAACUUUGGAUCUUUGCGACAGAGACCCCCGUCGAUUGAAUUUUGUGUGGAACUAAGAUAGAUUGCAAUGGAAUUUAUAGCCAGAACAGAAGCGAUUAAGUCAUCCAAAUAAGUGAGAAUUUCGCCAGUAUCGAACACGCAAGUCAGAAAGCCUGCAGUCACCAUGCAGAUGCCACAGAUGCUCGCCUAUCCACAGCGGUCAAGCCCCCGCAAGAAAUCCACCAAAUGGCACGGUGCGCUUCCCGUGAGUGCCAUUGAGAAGGUCCUAGCUCAGGAGAACAGGUUCGCGGACAGCCUCCUAACGGAGAGACUCAAGCGUAUCCACACCGAUCGGUACCGGGCUCAGAGACUCCUUGACUGGCAGGAGCAGAGUUUUGUCUUACGGCAAGCGAUCAAGGAGACGGAGUUGAGAGAGAUGGGGAUUGCACACACGUCCUUCUUGCCUGAGAUUGUCAUGAAAAUGACGGAGCCUGACGUCAGGGCGCGCCGGCCGUUUGGGAGAGCGCACCGUAGCGUCACUGAGGUAGACCUGAAAGCAAACAAGAUUGGCAAACCUCAAGCUUCCUUGAAUGAACUCCAGACACGAGAGAGUAGAUGGACUGCCACAACUGCAAGGUCAGAUCCCUUUUUGGAGGAGACUUUCAACAAAAAUAUCUUCACUAGACUUCAUGGGAUCGAUCUGCCACUGUACGGACCACAAGCCGACGCUAAACGAGAAAGUCGUGAGCAGGAAUUUGUUCACCAUCUCCAACGGCAACAAACCAAAACUAAAGUGACUCUCGAUCCUAGGUUUAGAAAGCUGGAACAGUCGUUGAUUCGUGACGAGACAAAUCUGUUAGUAAGGCAUCCGAAGGAACAAAAUGAACAUGUAGUCACUGAUGAGGACAAAAUUGAAGACAAAUUGAUCCAGAAUGAUCGCCGAGUAGCGACCAAAUCUGCCACGGUCAUUCACAAAGUGCAAACUGAACUCUCUCAAAAACCCAAAUCAGUAUUUGCAAGGUCCGUAUGGAUUGACUUUUAACAAGCAUUAUCUGGUGACAAUUUAGGUUUUUGAUUGCGUUCAAUCGUUGGCUAAAACUUCAGGGAAUAUUGAAAUGCAGAUGGGUAAGCCUGAACUUUAAUUCGAUGUGAGGACGCACAUCAGACACCAUAACUCCCAAGUCACUCUGACUUAAACAAAAUGCAUGCCAUCCCACCAUGCUGUACAGUUAGUAUCUGCUUCACAAAAACAGUUAAACGCGGCCUCGUAAGCAGAUUGUCCUGCUGUAGCUAUGCAUGGGCGGAUCCAGAACACAAUAUUUUUGGGGGGUAAACAUAAUUUUAGUCCCCCAAAAAGUGAGUCCAAAAAUUAUGGCGAGUGGUUCGGGGCCCGCUUAAGGGCACCGAAUUUUUUUGGCAUUCUA